AUGGAGGUUGUUAAAGAAGUGGGCGACCAGGUCCACGCUGGUAGCGGUGGUGCGAUUGCUAGGACGCGCUCAACGGGCGUCACUUUCAAACCACCAAAGACCCACGAUAUGGUAAGGUCGCUUUUCGACCCAACGGUGAAGAAAUCGUUCCUGGAGGUGUGUAUCUUCCUCGUAUUGUUGUCUAAUUUCGUCACGGCGUACAAGUUUGCUCACUGGUUCGGCGUGCCCUUCACCAAGAACGUGUAUUUGCUACAGUAUAUCUUCUGGAGGCUCUGCUACAAUGUCGGGAUCGGUAUUGUAUUGCACUACCAAUCACAUUACGAGACGCUGACCCGCUGGGCGAGAGAACACCGCUGGUUCGACAAGGGGAACAAGUCCAAGCUCGCACAGUUCCUGCAGUUCGAGAUCAAGUCCAAGCUCGUCGACACGGCAGAUGUGUACCGCUACCCGGAGGAGCUGAACGUAUGGCUCAUCUUCAGGCAGUUUGUCGACCUGAUCCUGAUGCAAGAUUUUGACACCUACGUCAUAUACGUGUACCUCUCGAUGCCGUCGCACUGGGCGGACCUCGUGAACUGGAGAUCGCUCGUCGGUGUCGCACUCAUCGUGUUCAACGUGUGGGUGAAGUUGGACGCACACCGUGUCGUGAAGGAUUAUGCUUGGUACUGGGGGGAUUUCUUCUUCCUGUUGAACGAUUCGGAGCUUGUCUUCGAUGGUGUUUUCAACAUUUCGCCACAUCCAAUGUACUCCAUCGGGUAUCUGGGCUACUACGGUGUCUCGUUGAUCUGUGGAGAUUACAAAGUGCUGCUUGUUUCCAUCUUGGGUCACUUCCUGCAGUUCCAGUUCUUGAAGUACGUCGAGACCCCACACAUUGAAAGAACGUACGGUGUGGCAGCGGAUGACGAAGCAGAGGGCAAAGUGGCAAACAAUCAUCAGAUCGAUGACCUGAUAGCCAAGGAGAACUACGACUACUCGAGACCCUUGAUCUCAAUUGGCGUUUGGUUCAAUAAUUUCGAUAAGCUGAGGGUAGGCGAUUUGUUUACCGCAUUCACAGUGACAAAUCUACUGCUAUGGUUUGUGUUCCACAGACCAUCAAACACAUUCCUGCUCUGGGCCACUUUUAUGGCUAAGUUUACUUCGUGGUCUCUGAUCACGUUUGUCCUGUUCAAACAGUCGAAGGAGAAAUGGUUCACGAAGUUGUACUUGAGGAACGGGUACACGCAGGUGUACUCGUACCAGCAGUGGCAGUUCCUAUACAACUUCACACAGACAGUAACUUACGUUCUGUUGGUAAUCCAGACUUUCCAACAGGCGGUUAACGUCGGGUGGGACCGUUUCAAUUACAGCAAGUUGAUCUUUGGAAUGUUGCUCUGCGCGUUGCAAGUGUGGUGCAACACGGAGAUCAGGGACGCGAUCUCGGACUUUGGCUGGUUCUAUGGUGACUUCUUUUUGGGCAACUACAUAAACACGCGGAGACUGACGUCGCAGGGGAUCUAUCGGUACUUGAACAACCCGGAGACCAUCCUUGGUGUAGCUGGUGUUUGGGGGACAGUCCUCAUUACGGAUUUCCGGUGGGAGAACAUCACAUUGGCGUUACUGUGGACCCUGACGAAUUUUGUGUUGGUGAAAUUCAUCGAGAAACCCCAUAUCGUGAAAGUGUACGGGGACGCAAACCGGGUCAGCGGUGUCGGGAAGACUCUUUUGAGCUUGAAACCGCUACGACGUGUCUCUGAAAUCGUGGAUAACGUGGAACACAUUAUUUUACGGUCCUUGCUGUAUGACAACACGGGCAAGCAGAUGAGCGAUACCAGUGCUUCUGUGGAGGGCGAUGGUUCCAAGACAAGGGACGAUCCCCUGAGUGUGACGAAGCGCCGCAACAACGUCAAGGACUGGGAGCACGUUGUACAGAGCGCGGUGCGCCAUGUGACUACAAGACUGGCCCCGCAUUGCGAAUUCGACAUCUCUUUUGCUACCCGCGACGGUAGCGUUGUGCUUCCCGAGACGGUCACUCUGCUGUGGAGGUUACCCCAGGAGUUGUACAACGAACGGGACUGGAUCGGUCUGUACAACGUGCUCGAUACGAAGAACAACCGGGAGGUCACGCGUGUUUCCUCCCACGGCCACUGGACCCCAGCGUUGGCCAGUGACUCUCAAGUCAAGGAACAUGCUGUGAGCGGUGAGGCUGUGUUCGACUUCCGGUUGCUCGUGUUCCGGCCCGGAAUCUACGAGUUCCGGUACCACAGCAACAACUCGCACAAAGUGUUAAUGAUCUCGGAACCCUUCGAGGUUGCACUGCCCAGUUUCGACAUGGCCUCCGAGGAGAGGUUCCGCACUGAACUGGUCGAUUUCCUCAAGUCGGUGCGUGCUUUCAAGAGCGGACACUUCGACUUCCAGAACGGGAACUUGACGGUGCGUGAGCUACGGGACGUGAUCCUACAUAACGUCGGUGUCGAAUUGACUUGUGAGUACAUCAAGCGGGUCAACGGUGACGUCUCUGUGAUCAGCGACAAGGCGUGGCACAUCAAGAGUAUUUUGGAAGAACUGCCAUAG